AUGGCCGCGGAUAUAGAUCAUACUUGUCGUAUUUGUCGAGGAGAAGGAACUCCCAAUCAACCAUUAUAUCAUCCAUGUAAAUGUCGAGGUUCAAUCAAAUAUAUUCAUCAAGAUUGUUUAUUGGAAUGGUUAAAGCAUUCGAAUAAAUCUACUGAAAAAUGUGAUAUUUGUAAUACAAACUAUAAGUUCAAAAUCAUUUAUGAUCCAAAUAUGCCAAAAACUAUACCGUUAAAUUUAAUUUGGUCAAAAUUUAUUCAAUUAAUUUCAGAUACUUUUAUUAAAAUGUUAAGUAUUUCAUUAUAUAUUACAUGUGUUUUGAUUCAAGUACCUAUUUUUUGGAAAUUUUGUGGUAGAAUAUAUACUUGGGCAAUAGAUGGGAGUUUACCUAUUAAUAAUCAAGAUUUUUUAAAUGCAUUAUAUUUUGGAGAAUAUGAUAUUGUUUCAUUAAUUAAAAAUAAUUCUAAUAUGUCAAGCCUACAACUAAUGUUAUUAAAAUUGAGAACAUUUUUCAGUUAUACUUAUUUCAGUGGUGUAAGAUACUUAGUUGUUGCUAUUAUAGUUCAUAUUGCAUUAUUUGUUGAAAGAGAAUGGGUUAUAAGAGAUGAAGGAUACCUUAAAUUAUUACAUAGAAAGAUUGGUAAAGAACCCAAAACAAAAUUAGUUGAUAUGUUACAAAAUGCAUUGGAUAGUUUAAGAAGAGGUGAAAAUGAAGAUCAAAGAAAUGCAGCAACAAAUAUUCAAAGAUUAGAUCAAUUAAAUAGAGCAAUAAAUGAUUUACAAGAUCAAGGAAAUGAUCAAAUGAUAAAUUUUGAAGAAAAUUUAAGAAGAGCAAUGAAUAGAGGAGAAUUAUUUAAUGGUGAUAGAAAUGAAGAAAGACAACACAUCUUAAAUAGAGUUGAAGAUUCAGAUGGAAGUGAUGAACCAGUUGGAGAAGAUAUUGAAAUUUUAAAUGAAAAUGACUUGGUGGUGGAAGAACCAGAACCAAAUUUAUUUGAUCAAAUGUUUGAUGAUGAAGAAGAUGGAGAAGAUAUUGAUGAUGAUGCAUUACCAAAUAAUAAUAAUGGAGCAAUUGGUGAAUUUUUAGAAAUUUUCGGAUUUACAUUGAAUAUUAAAACCCCGUUAUUUAUUAUGGUCUUAUGUGAUGCAAUUAUUACUGCUUAUUUAUUUUUGAUUUACUUAGUUCCUCAUUUGAUUGGGAAUGGGUUUGUAUUCGUUACUGGAUUCAUUUUAAAAUAUAUUAGUUCAUUCACACCACAUAUAGUCAAUGAAUGGAUUUCAGUCAUUAAUGAAUUAAGAACCACCACCACUAAUAACGAAGUGUUAAAUUUUUUAUUAGCUUCAAGUAAUGAAAUUUUCAUGGUCAUAAAAAACCUCAUUAAUGAUUUAUUUUUCCAAAAACCACCACAAUUAACUUUAGUUGAAAGAAGUUGUUUGAUAUUAAUUGGUUAUAGUAUUAUUAUUGGUUUUAUUCAUCAACUUAUGAAACAUUUAAUUUCCAAAAAAAGACCAAUUUUGGGAACUUCAAGAAAAGUUUUCAAAAUAUUAUUUGAAAUUAGUUCAACAGCCAAAGUAUUUUUAAUUUUCGCUAUUGAAAUUUUUUUAUUCCCAGUAUAUUGUGGUUCCUUAUUAGAUAUUUGCGCGGCCCCAUUAUUUAUGAACAAACCCAAUGGUGUCCUUACGUCAAGUAGUGAAUUAACUCAAAUUAGUUAUGUUAGAGUGAGUAUAUAUUGGUUAAGUGGAACAAUUUAUAUGUUAAUUUUUGCAUUAUUUGUUGGAAUGGUUAGGAGCAAUAUAUUAAGACCAGGAGUUUUGUUCUUUAUAAGAUCUCCAGAUGAUCCAAAUGCUAGAUUGAUUCAUGAUGCUCUCGUGAAACCUUUAAGUUUACAAUUAUCUAGAAUAGUUUUAUCUGGUAAAGUCUACACUGCUUUUAUAGUUUUUGGGAUUGGAUCAGUUACUUGGGGUUUAAGAUAUUUGGUUACUCCUGAUCAUGGUAAAUAUAAUGUAAUGUUACCAAUUCAAGUCAAUACAAAUUCAAGUUUAUUUACAUCAUUAGCAUUUUUUGUUUUAGCAAAUGAACUUCAACCAGUAAUUACAAAAUAUAUUCGAAUGUAUUGGAAAAGAGCUUUUGAAAUCAGUGCACAUAAAUUAAGAUUAUCACAUUUUAUAUUGGGUAAACCAAUUCUGCAUGAAAGAGGUCAUAUUAUUUAUAGAAAUUUUACUCAACAAAUUUUAGGUACUGCACAACCAGAUUAUUCAAAACCAGUAACUUAUAGAGAAGCUCAAGAAAUUUUCAAAUCAAAUCCACAAGUUAAUGCAUGUUUUGUCCCUGAUGGGUUUUUUGUAAGAGCUCCAGGAAAUGAUACCGUUACCCGUAAAUUCGUAAAAAAGCUUUUUGUACCAGUUACAAAAGAUGAUAAAUUAUUGAAAGAUGUUAGUGAAGAAGAUAUAAAAUCAUCUGGUUAUGAAACCCCUUCAAGUGAAGAAGAAGAAUUAAAUUCUGAUGAUGUUCACACUAUUGUUUAUAGACCUCCAGCUUUUAAAACCAGGUGUUAUGGACUUAUUUUGAUUCUUAAUUUUUUCGCAAUUUGUUUAAUUGUUGGAACUAUUGUAUCCGCGUUGAUAUUAGGAAGACCCUUGGUAUAUGCUGCUUCUAGCUUAUUAAGUUUUAUUCCAUAUAUUGGACCUACAGAAAUUGAUUGGAAACUAGCUGAUUUAACAAGUUUAUCAACUGGAUUAAUUAUUGAAUUAAAAAUUUUGUCAAUAGUAGAUAAACAUUAUCAACAAAUUGGUACAAAUGAAAUUAAUGAUCGACCAAAUGCAUUACAAAGAAUUUUAGAUGUUGGAGUAUUUAAUUUAAAUGCAACUUCAACAGUAUCAUUUUUAAUUUCUUAUUCAUUAUGGACAGCAUGGAUGGUUUCAAUUCAUAUGAUUCAUUUAAAUGGUAUAUCAAUUCCAUUUCAUUUAUUAGCAUCAAUAUGGACAAUAUUACCAGUUUUAAAAUGUUUAUAUAAUUCAAAAAACCUAGAUCCAAAUUUUAAUCAACAACUUCAUAAAAAUGGAUUUUAUAAAGUUUUAAAAUUUUCCCUUGUUACUCAUUUACCAGGUUUGAUUUUGGGAUAUUUAAAUAAAUCUAAAAUGAAUAUAAUUUUCACUUAUCUGUUUUUGUCGUUUGUGUUGAUUAGAUCUUUUGGUACUUCAAUUAAAUUAUAUAAAAAUUUAAAUGAACAAGUUAAAAUUGAAAAAUUUGUUAAAGGUAGAGCUAUAGAAAAUGAUGACGAGGAUGAUAUUAAUGAAAGCUAA